AAACAACAAGGCGGCGUGGGGAAAUAAGUCACAUUUUAAUUCCUGCCACCCAACCAAAAUUAGCAUCGCCUUUGCCUUGAAACAUCUGCCUGGCAUCAAGGAGGCAGCGAAUUUUGCUUCCCCGGAUCUCAGCCCGCAGCCUCCGAAUCUUCUCCUGCCGGUCCCGGGAACCUCCGGCGCAUUUGGGGUGGAUUGGGCUCCUUUGCCGGCCCUGAUCCGUCUCUUCAACAGCCGGACCGGAUCGCUCCCGGAGGCUGCCUUUGUUAUCUCGGAAUGGAAAGUUCCGACGAAGUUACACAGAGCUCUUCCGGGCCUUUCCCCGUUUCCCCUUUCCCGAAGUCAGAAAAUUGCACGCCCGUUUUUCCGAGCCAGCGGGCGAAGCGCGACCCUCGGGGGCUCCCCAACCGGAGCGCAGAAAUCCGGGCGGGGGAGAGGAGGCCGCCCCUUCCCCUGCGGGGAACCAGCACCUAACGGGAGGCUCCGCUAUGUCGUGCUUUGCACAUGCUCAGAGAACGUCGCUGCUGGUUCCGGCUGAAGCUCUGGCCAAGCGCCGGCCGGAUCGGGCUACGGGCUGCAGGGAAAGCUUAAGGCUUCUUGGGGGCUCCACGUCACUUUCUCUAUUAGUGAGACAAAUUGCUGCACAGUGCACGCUCCAGCACUGCAACUUAGUUCCACGAUUCAGCUGUGUGUAAAUAAGAACUGGAAGAAGCUAAUUCUGAAAGAAAGAAGGGAGGCCCCAGAGCUUGAAAAUGCAGGCGAAGCAUCACUGGGUUUGCAAGCGCUGUUGAGCUCCACCACUCCAGGAAGGCACCUCUUCUUGCUUUUUCUGCAAAGCCCCCUCCCUGACCAGCACCAUGGAGGGCCUCCUGCUGUGCCUUCUGGUGGUCCUGGCCCACCUGGCCCGAGCGCAGGUGUGUCCCAAGCGCUGCAUCUGCCAGAACCUCUCGCCCUCCUUGGCCAUCCUGUGCACCAAGACCGGCCUCCUCUUCGUGCCCACCGUGAUUGACAGGCGCACGGUGGAGCUGCGCCUGACGGACAACUUCAUCACCCUCAUCCGCCGGAAGGACUUCUCCAACAUGACUAGCCUGGUACACCUCACCCUCUCGCGCAACACCAUCAGCCACAUCCUGCCCUACGCCUUCGCCGACCUGCGCAGCCUGCGGGCGCUGCACCUGGACAACAACCGGCUGCUCCUGAUUGGGGGCGAGCAGCUGAAGGGGCUGCCCAACCUGCGUCAUCUCAUCCUCAGCAACAACCAGCUGCAGGACAUCUCUCCCGCGGCCUUCGACGACUUUCUGGGCACCUUGGAGGACCUGGACCUCUCCUACAACAACCUCGUGCGGGUCCCCUGGGAUACCAUCCACCGCCUGCACAACGUCAACUCCCUCAGCCUGGACCACAACCUGAUUGACUUCGUGCCCGAGGGGGUCUUCACCAACCUGCUCAAGCUGGCCCGCCUGGACAUGACCUCCAAUAAGCUGAAGAAGAUCCCGCCGGACCCCCUCUUCCUGCGCAUCCCGGUCUACGCCAAGUCCAAGGGCUCCCCGCCUUCCUCCCUGGUGCUCAGCCUGGGGGGCAACCCCCUGCACUGCAAUUGCGAGCUGCUCUGGCUGCGGAGGCUGGCCAGGGAGGAUGACCUGGAGACCUGUGCCUCGCCCGGCGACCUGCUGGGCAAGUACUUCUGGACCAUCCCCGAGGAAGAGUUCAUUUGCGAGCCGCCCGUCAUCACACGUCACACGGGCCGCCUGGUGGUCAUGGAGGGCGAGGGGGCGGUCCUUCGCUGCCGCGGCGUGGGCGACCCGGAGCCCUCCAUCCACUGGGUCUCCCCAGAAGGCAAAGUGGUGGCCAACACUUCGCGGACUGCCUCCUACGACAACGGCACCCUGGAGAUCCUGAUCGCGGCCAUCCAGGACACGGGGGUCUUCACCUGUAUCGCCUCCAAUGCUGCCGGCGAAGCCACCACGUCUGUGGAGCUGGUGGUCAACCUGCUGCCGCUGCUCUCCAAUGCCACCACCCCCAAGGUGCCCGAGGCCGUGGGGCCUUCGGACAUCCUCACCUCGGCCAUGGCCACCCUGCCUCUGGGCACCAACGACACGGGGCCCCCUCAGGACAAGGGCGUGGUGGCCACAGAAAUCUCCUCCUCUUCCGUCCUGAUCCGCUGGUACCCCCAGUGGCACAUCCCCGGCAUCCGCAUGUACCAGAUCCAGUACAACAGCUCCUCGGAUGACAACUUGGUGUACAGAAUGAUCCCUCCGACGAGCAAGGGCUUCUUGGUGAAGGACCUGGCGGCCGGGCGGGACUACCACCUCUGCGUCUUGGCCAUCUACAACGACGGGCUGACCUCGCUGACGGUCACCCAGAGCCUCGGCUGCCUCCGCUUCAGCACCCUGCGGGACGGCCUGCAGUGCCACUCGCUGCACACCCAGUUCCUGGGGGGCACCAUGAUCAUCAUCGUGGGGGGCAUCAUCGUGGCCUCGGUGAUGGUCUUCAUCAUCAUCCUCAUGAUCCGCUACAAGGUCUACAGCGGCCAAGAGGAGCAAAAGACCGCCAAGGUCAGCAAUGUCUACUCGCAGACCAACGGCAGCCACCCGCAGCCCCUCGCCUGCUCAGCCUCCAGACAUGAGGGGUGGGAGGCGGAGAGCUGCCAGACCAGGAGGGACCACAGCCCGGCAGUGCUGGGCAAGGACUGUGAGAAAGGCGCACGGCCCGUUUCGUCCGGCAAGGAGGCAGAGGAGGAGGUGUCGUCCCCCCGGAGAAGGAGGUGGUCCAGGACGAGUCUCCACCACCACCACGGAUGCGCCGGGCUGGACCCCGAGACCUCUGGAGCCGAAGAAGAAGACCCCCCGCUAGCGGUCCCAGCCGAGGAGAGGAGGAACGCCAACGACUGGACCGGCGUCAAGAUCUGAGCCCUGGCCAUGGCUGGCGAAGAACGAGCCACAAUCGGACCCCAGCCCCAAGGCUGAAUCCGGCGUUCCUUGGCUGUUCCUCCACAGGGUGCUGUGGCCCCAGCAGAAGACCCAGGCGUCCCCCCAGCUCAGCUGCCUCUUCCUGGGGGGGGGGAGAAGAGAGGCUUUGGGG